AUGGCGACCCGGCCGGGCGGCCGCAGCCGCUGGGAGGUGGGUCCCGGCGAGCCGAGGCUGGAGCCCCCGGGUCGGCCCGAGCCCACGUCCCCCGCCGUCCUAUUGCUCAGCCACUUCUGCAGGUCGCCCUUCCUCUGCUUCGGGGAGCUGCGGCUGGGCGCAUCGCGGACGCUGUCUCUCACGCUGGACAACCCCAACGAGGAGGUGGCCGAGGUGAAGGUCUCUCGCUUCCCCGCCGCCGAGCGCGGCUUCAGCAUCUCGCAGCGCCGUUUCGUGCUGCAGCCUAAAGAAAGAAUUGUCGUUUCUGUUAACUGGACACCACUUGAAGGAGGCCGAGUAAGAGAGAUUAUAACAUUUCUUGUAAAUGAUGUUUUGAAACACCAAGCCAUAUUACUUGGAAAUGCAGAAGAAAAGAAAAAGAAAAAGAGGAGUCUCUGGGAUACCAUUAGUAAAAAGAAAGUUUCAACCUCUUCAAGUCAUAACAAGAAAGUUUCAUCCUUUUCAAGUCAUAACAAGAGAAAUCCAAAUACUCAUGGUAUUAAUAAAACAUUUGAUGUUUCCCAACAAGUUGGCAGAGUUAGGAGCCCUCUUCAAGCCUGUGAAAAUCUGACUGGGAAUGAAGGUUGUUCCCCAGCAGAAAACAAUUCUUUAGUUCUCCAAGUCAGCAAAAUACCCCUGUCACCGAUUAGCCCCACUUUCAAAAACAGCUGUGGGGACACCGGCCUGCCUCUGUCUGCAAGUUCGGAUGCCACCUUCACUUCUCUCCAUGUGCCCGAAAGUGGAAAACAUUUAGAAGUAGAAAAUGCCAACGUCUUGAAAGACUUUAGUUUCAGUGAGAAAAUAGUCACUGAAACUUCCUUUAACUCCGAAAGUAAUAUGAACAAUCUCAGUGAAGAGGAUGGUACACUGACUCGUAUCCCAAACUAUUCUUCAACUUUGAAUGUUACACAAACCCAACAACAUUUUCUAAGUCCAGACUCCUUUGUAAAUAAUAUAUAUGCAGCUAACAAUGACCUGGGUUUAAUAACUUGUCUUUCUUCAGAUAUAUUUAAGAAAGAGAAUUCAAGACCUGGGCAUUUGGAGUCAAACAAUGUCCAUAAAGUUUGUCGGACAAUUUUAAGUCCAGAUUCUUUCGUAAGGGAUAGUUGUGGAAUAAAUCUAGAUCUGGAAUCAGAGUCCAUUCCUCCCAUUCUGUCCCCAAAUCAAUUUUUAAAGGAUAACAUCUUAUAUUUACGUACAUCCCCACAAACAUGUACAUUUUCACCAGUAUCAAAUGAAAAUUCUCAGGCCUUGCAGCCUCCUCCAGAUCUGAGAAAAAGUGAAGCAUUGCCUUGUAUUCCUAAAUAUCAGGAUCCAGAAUCUCCCAAAAUUCUAUUUAAGAAGACUGAAACUACAGAACUGAAGUCAGCAAACCAUCACUCCACAAAACAAAAACAGCCAAAAUUAUUUGCAGUUGAGGAUGUUUCUAGUCACAGCCAUGAUAAACAACUUAAGAGACGCCCAAUACUUUGUUCUACGGUUACCAAAAAAAAGCAUGUUUGUGCAGGAGAAAGCCAAAUGGACACCAAUAAACCACGGGCGAAAAGAUGUCUCAGUGGUCCGGUAGAGGAAUUAAACAUUGUAAGAGAUAAUCAAGAGAAAGAUGCUUUUCUUCUGAAUCUUCCAGUUAUAGAUCCAUUAUUAAAUAAAUCUAGGCAUUACAAAAAUGAUUCAGCUCCUCCUGCAGAGAUGGUGUCAGUUGUUCGUAAGAGGAAGAAUGAGGGAAACAUGAAAAAUGCAACAAUGAGGGCUACAAUUACAGGGCAUACAGAAGUCCAAGAACCCAAAAGAAUCCAUUUCUCUCCUGCGCCUUCUAAAACAUCAACUGUUAAAAAAACCAGAAAGGUGACAACACCCCUUUCAAAACGUGUUAGCAAUCGAGAGAAAUUCACUGUCAAAAAGAAAUCCGAUUCAUCAGUAUACAGAACUCCUCAUUCCAAAACAAGCAGAAGGACAAAGUCCAUUAUUGCUGUGGCACAGUCCACUUUGACUUUCAUAAAGCCAUUAAAAACAGGUAUUCCCAGACACCCAAUGCCAUUUGUUGCAAAGAACAUGUUUUAUGAUGAACGUUGGAAGGAAAAGCAGGAACAGGGCUUCACUUGGUGGCUCAAUUUUAUAUUAACUCCUGAUGACUUCACCGUAAAGACAAGUGUUUCUGAAGUAAAUGCUACUACCCUUCUUUUGGGAGUGGAGAAUCAACAUAAAAUAAGUGUUCCUAGAGCUCCUACGAAAGAGGAAGUGUCGCUGAGAGCUUACACUGCUCGCUGCAGACUGAACAGGUUACGUCGUGCUGCAUGUCGCUUGUUUAUGUCUGAGAAAAUGGUGAAAGCAAUUAAAAAGCUUGAAAUUGAAAUUGAAACGAGGCGGUUAAUGGUUCGAAAAGAUAGACAUCUCUGGAAAGAUGUAGGAGAACGGCAGAAAGUCCUGAAUUGGCUGUUGUCAUAUAAUCCUUUGUGGCUACGAAUUGGCCUAGAAACAGUUUUUGGAGAACUCAUAUCUUUGGAAGACAAUAGUGAUGUCAUGAGUCUGGCCGUGUUCAUUCUGAAUCGCUUACUCUGGAAUCCUGACAUAGCAGCUGAGUAUAGACACCCCUCCGUCCCUCAUCUAUAUGGAGAUGGUCAUGAAGAAGCUUUGUCUAAGUUUACUUUGAAAAAAUUACUGUUGUUGAUUUGUUUCCUUGAUCAUGCUAAAAUAUCCAGACUCAUUGAUCACGAUCCUUGUCUCUUCUGUAAAGAUGCCAAAUUCAAGACAAGUAAAGAAAUUCUUCUGGCUUUUUCCCGAGACUUCCUAAGUGGUGAAGGCGAUCUCUCCCGACAUCUUAGCUUACUGGGCUUACCUGUUAACCACGUUCAGACACCAUUUGAUGAAUUUGAUUUUGCAGUUACAAAUCUGGCUGUAGACUUGCAAUGCGGGGUGCGUCUUGUGCGAGCAAUGGAACUUCUUACACAGGACUGGACUCUCUCUAAGAAACUCAGAAUGCCAGCAAUAAGUCAUCUUCAAAAGAUGCACAAUGUUGACAUUGCUCUUCACGUUCUUCGGUCACGAGGCAUUUCCUUAAAUGAUGAGCAUGGAAAUACAAUCCUAGCCAAAGAUAUCGUGGAUAGGCACAGAGAAAAAACUCUCGCAUUGCUUUGGAAAAUAGCGUUUGCCUUUCAGGUGGAGAUUACCCUCAACGUAGAUCAGUUAAAGGAAGAAAUUCACUUUUUAAGUCACACGCUAACUAUAAAGAAAGCAAUAUCUGCACUGUCUUGCUAUUCUGAUGCUGUUGUUGAUAAGAAAAAAGAGAAAAGAAAAAGUAGUUCUUUUGAACAAUAUAGUGAAAACAUAAAGUUGUUAAUGGAUUGGGUGAACGCAGUUUGUGCCUUCUAUAAUAAAAAGGUGGAAAAUUUUACAGUGUCUUUCUCUGAUGGCCGUGUAUUAUGUUAUCUCAUUCACCACUAUCAUCCUUGCUAUGUGCCUUUUGAUGCAAUAUGUCAGCGUACCACUCAAACCGUGGAAUGUACACAGUCUGGUUCAGUGGUGCUAAAUUCAUCCUCUGAAUCCAAUGGAAGUUCUCUGGAUAUGUCUUUCAAUACACUUGAUGAAGAAAAUACUUCAGAACUAUACAAAGACCUACUAGAAAAUGAAAAGAAAAACUUUAAGUUGGUUCGGUCUGCGGCUAAAGACCUUGGUGGAAUUCCUGCUAUGAUUCAUCAUUCUGAUAUGUCAAACACGAUUCCUGAUGAAAAAGUUGUUAUUACGUAUUUGUCAUUUCUUUGUGCAAGACUUUUGGAUCUUCGUAAAGAAACAAGAGCUGCUCGGAUUAUACAGACGGCUUGGAGAAAAUAUAAACUGAAAAAAGAUCUAAAACGACAUCAGGAGAGAGACAAAGCAGCAAGAAUUAUUCAGUCAGCUGUAAUAAAAUUUCUAACUAAACGACGAUUGGAAAGAAAGGUUAAUGCAGCACUCACCAUUCAAAAAUAUUGGCGAAGAUACUUAGCACAGAGAGAAUUGUUGAUAUUGAAAAAGGAAAAACUAGAAAAAAUUCAAAAUAAAUCAGCAUUAGUAAUUCAGAGGCAUUGGAGAAGAUAUUCUGCUAGAAAGAAGUUUCUGAAAUUGAGAUAUUAUUCAACCAUUGUGCAAUCUAGGAUAAGAAUGAUAAUUGCAGUUAAUUCUUAUAAGCGAUAUCUGUGGGCUACAGUUACAAUUCAGAGGCGUUGGCGUGCUUGUUUAAGAAGAAACCAUGAUCAACAGAGAUAUAAAAUGCUGAAAGCAUCAGCCCUUGUAAUUCAGUCUGUGUUCAGAAGAUGGAAACAACGCAAACUGCAAUUGGAACUGAAAGCUACCACAGUAUUGCAGAGAGCUUUUCGAAAAUGGAGUGCCAGGAAAAGAGCUCAAGAAAAAUCUGCUGUUGUCAUACAGUCAUGGUAUAGAAUGCACAAGGAAUUGCGAAAAUACAAUCACAUUAGAUCUUGUGUUGUUAUCAUUCAGGCCAGAUUUCGAUGCCUUCAAGCUCAAAAGUUAUAUACAAGGAAAAAGGAAGCGAUAUUGACUAUACAGAGGUACUACAGAGCGUAUGUAACAGGGAAGGCUGAACGAGCCAGUUAUUUGCAGAAAAGGGCUGCCGCCAUUCAGCUCCAAAUGACCUUCAGGAGAAUGAAAGCUCGGGCCUUGCACAGGCAGAGUAGAGCUGCUUGUAUUUUACAGGCCUACUGGAGAAUGAGGCGAGACAGAGCUCGAUUUCUAAACCUUAAGAAAAGUGUCAUCAAAUUGCAGGCACAUGUAAGAAUGCACCAGCAAUUCCAGAAGUACAAGAAGAUGAAGCAUGCCGCGCUCAUACUCCAGCUUCAUUUCAGGGCUUUUGUUUCCGCCAAGAAAGCUCUGGCCUCUUACCAGAAAACUCGUUCUGCUGCCAUUGUCCUACAGUCUGCAUUUAGAGGGUGGCAAGCCAGAAAAAAGUUUAGAUACAUCCUCACAUGUAUUACAAAGAUUCAAUCAUCUUUUCGAGCUCAGAGUUCCAGAAAAAAGUUUCUGAGCCUUAAAAAAACUACCAUAAAAUUGCAGUCAGUUGUCAAGAUGAAACAAACUCGCAAGCACUAUUUGCAUUUAAGACAGUCAGUGUUGUUGAUUCAGCAAUGGUAUCGUGCCACCAAAGUGGCCCUCCGCCAGAGAGAGGAAUACUUGAAGCUGCAGAAAUCUUGUGUGAAACUCCAAGCUUUUGUUAGGGGAUACCUGGUUCGAAAGCAGUUGAGAUUGCAAAGAAAAGCUGCUGUUGCACUACAGGCUUACUUCCGAAUGAGAAAGAUGCGGCAGCACUACCUGAAGGUUUACAAAGCAUCUCUCGUCAUUCAGAACUACUACUAUGCAUACAAAGCACAGGUCAAUCAAAGGAAGAACUUCUUACAAGUCAAAAGAGCAGUCACUUGCUUGCAGGCAGCUUAUAGGGGGUACAGAGUACGCCAGCUAAUCCAACACCAAUCUGCCGCAGCUCUCAAAAUUCAAACUGCUUUCAGAAGUUAUAGUCAAAGGGUGAAGUAUCAAUCUCUGCGUCAGAGUACCAUCAAGAUUCAGAGAUGGUACAGGGCCCACAAGACUGUUCAGAAGAUAAAAACACAGUUUCUAAAGGUAAGGGCUGCUGUGAUUUCUCUCCAGUCUGCUUAUCGUGGUUGGAGAGUUCGGGAGCAGAUCAGAAGGGAACAUCAAGCUGCAGUACAGAUUCAGUCUGCUUUUAGAAUGGCCAAGGCCCAGAAACAGUAUAGGUUGUUAAAAACAGCAGCGUUGAUCAUCCAGCAACGCCUGAGAGCAUGGGCUCUUGGAAAGAAGCACCACGCGGAGUAUAUGGCACUCCGGCACGCAGUCCUUGUGCUUCAGUCCAUCUGGAGGGGUAAAAGAGUCAGAAGGCAGAUUCAGAAGGAACAUGAAUGUGCAGUCAUCAUACAGGCACACUAUCGAAUGUAUGUGCAACAAAAGAAGUGGAAAACCAUAAAAAGAGCUGCUCAUGUGAUUCAAGUGUAUUAUAGGGCUUACUGCAUUGGAAAGAAACAGUGUCAUUUGUACUUGAAAACCAGAGCAGCGACAGUAGUUCUACAAUCAGCUUACCGCGGUAUGAGAGUAAGAAAAGAAAUAAAGCAGUGGACCAAGGCGGCAGCCACUAUACAGGCUAGGUACCGAGCUCACAGAACCAGAAAGAAAUAUGCCUCCUUCAGAGCUUCAGCUAUUAUGAUUCAGAGAUGGUAUAGAAAUAUUAAAAUUGCAGACUGUCAACGUAAAGAAUAUCUUAAUUUGAAGAUGACAGCCACUAAACUACAAGCUGUUUAUAGAGGUUUUAGAGUAAGGAGACAUAUUCAACAUAUGCACCUGGCAGCCACUGUUAUUAAGGCCAUGUUUAAAAUGCACCAGUCUAAAAUGAGAUACCAGAAACUGAGAACAGCAGCUGUUGUAAUUCAAGUAAGAUACAGAGCCUAUUAUCAAGGUAAAAGUCAGCGGGCAAAGUACUUGACAAUUCUGAAAGCUAUAUCUGUUCUUCAGGCAAGUUUCAGAGGAGCAAGAGUUAGACAGACUCUAAGGAAGAUGCAGGUAGCAGCCACGCUCAUUCAGGCAAACUAUAGACGAUACAGGCAGCAAACACAGUUUAACAAAUUAAAGAAAGCAACAAUAACAGUACAACAACAGUACCGGGCAAUGAAGGAAAGAAACAGACAAUUUCAAAGGUAUAACAAAUUGAGGCAUUCUGUGAUAUGCAUUCAGGCUGCUUAUAGGGGCAUGAAAGCCAAAAGACGUUUAAGAGUUAUGCAUUUAGCUGCAGCUCUUAUUCAGAGGAGAUUUAGGACUCAAAUGAUGAGAAGAAGAUUCCUAUCCCUCAGAGAAACUGCUGUCUGGAUUCAGAGGAAGUAUCGUGCCAAUGUCUGUGCAGGGUACCACAGACAACAAUUCCUACGCUUGCAAAGGGCAGCCAUUACAAUCCAAGCAUCGUACAGGGGGUGGCUGGUAAGGAAAAAGGUGCAAGAGAUGUCCAGAGCUGCCAGGCUCAUUCAGACUGCUUUUAGAAUGCACACAGCCCGUGUGAGAUAUCAGGCCUUGCAACAUGCCUCCAUUGUAAUCCAGCAGCGAUAUCGCGCAAACAGGGCUACAAAAUUGCAGAGAUAUCAGUACCUUCAACUGAGGCAUUCCGCUCUGAUCCUUCAGGCUGCAUUUAGGGGUAUGAGGACUAGAAGGCUUUUGAAAACCAUGCAUUUCUCUGCAACCCUCAUUCAGGGCAGGUUUAGAUCACUAAUGAUGAGGAAAAGAUUCAUUUCCCUCAAGAAAGCGACUAUUUUCAUUCAAAGGAAAUAUAGAGCCACCAUUUGUGCCAAGCAUCACCUGCGCCAUUUCUUGGAGUUAAGAAAGGCAGCAAUUAUAAUCCAGUCAUCCUUCCGAAGGCUGCAAGUAAGAAAAAUGGUGCAGGAGCAGCACAGGGCUGCCCUUCUUAUCCAGGCUGCUUUCAGAAUGCAUAGAACAUAUGUUACAUUUCAGACUUGGAAACACGCCGCCGUUCUGAUUCAGCAACAUUACAGAGCAUAUAGAGCUGCAAAACUACAAAGGGAAAAUUAUAUCAGACAACGACGUUCUGCUGUGGUCAUCCAGGCUGCUUAUAAGGGAAUGAGAACAAGGCAGCUGUUGAGAGAAAUGCGCAGAGCCGCCAUCAUAGUUCAAAGCAUGUAUAGAAUGUAUAGGCAAUAUUCUUACUACCAAGAUGUUCAGUGGGCUAUAAAGGUUAUACAGAAAAAAUACAGAGCAAAUCAAUACCAGAAAGCACUUCUACGCAAUGCACUUGAGAAAAGAGCCUGCAUUCAGGCAGGUUUACCGGUCGGGGCCCUAAGGCAACAGAUGCAGAAAGAGCAUCAUGCAGCCGUUAUUGUCCAGAAGUACUUCAGAGCCUAUAGAACAAGGAAGCACUAUCUCCACUUCAGAGCAGCAGUAGUUUUUGUUCAGAGAAGAUAUAGAGCCCACACUGCACUGCGAACCCCAGCAGCCAUCUGCACGCAGACUCCUAGAGGCUUCCAGAGGGAUGUCCAGCACAUGCACCAGGCUGCCACUUUGAUUCAAUCCUUUUACCGAAUGCAUAGGGCCAAAGCUGAUUACCAAGCAAAGAAAACUGCAGUUGUCAUCAUACAGAAGUAUUACAGUUCAUAUGUUAGGGUACAAAGGGAAAGAGAACAAUACCUAGCUGCUCAGAAAUCUGUAGAAACUCUUCAGACCACUGAUAGAGGCAAGAGCGCUGGACAGGAAUGGAAAAGCCUACUUGAAGGAAAGGUGACGGCGACUGUUAACCAAGCUGCCUUCCUCUGCGACAGAGCUAGGGCUCAGGAGGAGGCAGAUCAGAGCUCAGUGGCUGGGGCUCAUCAAUGGGGAAAUGGUAACGCCUCCCUGGUGGCUCAUUCAGGGGAGGCACAGAAUCAUUCUCAUGGCACAGCUGCAGUGACAACUCCAGAGACUUUUCCAACCAGGGACGUCGCUCUGGAGACCCAGCUGGCGGCUGCCCAAUGUGUCCAGCGCUUCCUUCACAUGGCCGUGCAUCGGCGGCGCUUUGAGCGGCGGAAGAGAGCGGCCAUCACUUUGCAGCAGUAUUUCAGGAUGUGGCGAGCUCGAAAAUGGUUCUUACGGUACAGAAAAGCAGCCGUGGUCUUACAGAAUCACUUCCGAGCCUUUUUGUCUGCAAAACAUCAAAGAAACGUUUAUUUGCAACUUAGAAGCAGCGUCAUCAUUAUUCAGGCUUGGACUAAAGGAUUUCUCCAGAAGCGGAGGUUUCAGGAAAUGAAGGUUAAUGCCAGACAAAUUCAGAGACAUCAAGCUGCUUGUUUGAUCCAAGCAUGUUUUCGAGGCUAUAAAGAAAGGCAAGCGUUUCUCCAGCAGAAGACUGCCGCCAUUACCAUACAGAGGUACCUGCGAGCCAGGGAGGCUAGGAAGCAGGUAAGGAUAAAAUACAUUAAACUGAAAGACUCUACAGUUAUUUUGCAAGCACUGGUGCGUGGCUGGCUAGUAAGAAAAAGAAUUUUAGAACAACAAGCCAAAAUUAAGCUACUUCGUUUCACAGCCGCUGCAUUUUAUCACUUGUCUGCUUUUAAAAUUCAAAGAGCAUUUAAACUUCAUCUUGCUGUAAAGAAUGCUAAGAAGCAGAUCGAUUCAGUCAUCUAUAUCCAGAAAUGGUUUCGAGCAAGAUUACAGCAAAAGAGGCUUAUUGAGAAAUACCGUAACAUCAUAAAAAUUGAGCAGGAAGCUCGAGAACGUCUGAGACAGCAAAAUCAGGCAGCAUCAGUAAUACAGAGAAAUGUCCGCCGUUUUCUCCUCCAGAAAAAACAGGAAAAGGUCAAUAAUGGAAUCAAGAAAAUUCAGGCAUUAUGGAGAGGAUAUGCAGUACGAAAGAAGAAUGAUUGUAAAAAAAUUAAGGCUAUACGACUAAGUCUCCAGGUUGUUAAUAGAGAGAUCCGAGAGGAAAAUAAGCUCUACAAAAGAUCCGCACUUGCACUUCAUUAUCUUUUGACAUAUAAGCACAUAUCUGCUGUGAUUGAGGCAUUAAAACACCUGGAGGUAGUUACCAGAUUGUCUCCCCUAUGUUGUGAGAACAUGGCCCAAAGUGGAGCAAUUUCUAAAAUCUUCGUUUUGAUCCGAAGCUGUAAUCGCAGUGUUCCUUGUAUGGAAGUUAUCAGAUACGCUGUUCAGGUCUUGCUCAACGUCGCGAAGUAUGAGAAAACGACGUCAACUAUUUAUGCUGCAGAGAACUGUAUUGACACGCUCCUAGAUCUUUUGCAAAUGUACAGAGAAAAGCCUGGGGACCGAGCUUCAGACAAGGGUGGGAGCAUCUUCACAAAAACCUGCUGUUUGUUAGCUGUGUUGCUGAAGACAACAAACCGAGCUUCCGACGUUCGAAGUAGGGGCAAAGUUGUCGACCGUAUUUACAGUGUCUAUAAGCUCACAGCUCGUAAGCAUAAAAUGAAUAUGGAAAGGAUACUUGUCAAACAAAAGAAUUGUUCUUUAAAUAUCACCUUAAUUCCAGAAACACCUGUAAGAACCAGAGUAGUUUCAAGACUUAAACCAUACUGGGUUUUGAGAAGAGAUAAAGUGGAAGAAAUUACAAAUCCUCUGCAAGCUAUUCAAAUGGUGAUGGAUACACUUGGCAUUCCAUAUCAAUAGAUGUAAACAUU